UCUUCCAUACAAUCGAUCACAAUGGCAGCAGCGCCAUGGUCGCUCGGUGCCACCUUUGGCUACCCUGAGAUCAUUUUGGCACUUGCCUCCUUCUUCUUCUUAUUGUUUUUUAACCGCCGCCGGCGAUCGUCUGCCUUGCCGAUAAACUGGCCCUUCAUCGGGAUGCUCCCCGCCUUAUUCAUCAAUCUCCCACACCUCCACGACUACGUUGCCCACAUCCUCCGCCACGCCAGUUGCACCGAGAUGUUCCGGGGGCCUUGGUUCCUGGGGGCCGACCUGCUGCUGACCUGCGACCCCGAUAACGUCAACCACAUUUUCAGCGCCAAUUUCGACAACUACCCCAAGGGAAACCAGUUCCGGGAGGUCUUCGACAUCAUGGGUCACUCCCUCUUCAGCGUCGACGGCGACUCGUGGAAGUUCCAGCGCAAGAUCGCCAACGCCUUGCUCGGCUACCGUAGUAGCUUCCGGGCCUACGUCAUCGGUGCCACCAGGGAAAAGGCGGAGAAGGCACUCGUCCCUCUUCUGCUCCGCAAGAGCGAGUGCGGUGAGCCAAUGGAGCUUCAAGAGAUAUUCACUAGGCUCACCUUCGAUGUCACCUGCCUCAUGGUCUUCGGCGACGACCCGGGAAGCCUCUCGCCCAAUUUUCCAGACAUUUCCUUCUCUACGGCCAUCGACGACGCGUGGGAGGCGCUGUUCUUCCGCCACGCCGUGCCCAAGAGCUGGUGGAAGGUGAUGAAGUGGUUCAACGUCGGCACCGAGAAGAAAAUGGCCAAUGCCAGGAAAGUCAUCGACCAGAACAUAAGCCAAAGAAUUUCGCAAAAGAGGCAGGAACUUAACGCCAAGAUCUCCAAGGCCGAUGUACUCGCCUCCUACAUGGAGGUGGUGGAGAGUGUCAAAGAUAAACUGGAAGACACCGACAAGUUUUUGCGUGACAACGUUCUCUUCUUGAUGAUUGCAGGGAGAGAUGCCUUCUCCAUCAGCCUCUCUUGGUUCUUCUUCCUUCUCCACAACAACCCGAAGGCGAAGACGAAGCUACUGCAGGAGCUGCGGCUUUGCCGGUCCAGCGAGAACAAGUCGACGACGUUCAGUGCCGAGGAGCUGAGCGGAAUGGUUUACCUCCACGGGGCGGUGUGCGAGACUCUGCGCAUAUUCCCGCCGGUGCCGUUCGAAGAGAAGACGGCGCUGAAGGAGGACGUGCUGCCGAGCGGUGCGAGGGUGGCUGCUGGGCAGAGGGUAUUGGUGAGCGUGUACGCGAUGGGGAGGGUGGAGGCGGUGUGGGGGGAGGACUGCAUGGACUUCAAGCCGGAGAGGUGGAUAACGGAGGAGGGGAAGGUGAGAUACGUGCCGGCGUACAAGUUCAUGGCCUUCAACUGCGGGCCCAGAAUUUGCUUGGGGAAGGACCUGGGCUUGAUGCAGAUCAAAACGGUGGUCGCCGCCGUGCUGUGGAACUUUGAGGUGGAAGUGCUGGACGCCGCCCGAGUGGAGCCGAAGAACUCGGCCAUGAUUCGGAUGAAGAACGGAAUGAUGGUCACCAUCAAGAAAAGAACUCAUUCAAUAGAAUAGCGCGGUAAAUUUUUUUUUUUUAAAUUUGCAAGCUAAGGCAUAAGUAAUAAGUAAUAAGCCUUAUCUUUAUGCUAUAAGAGUGUUUGGCUGU